AUCUGCGCGACGACAAAGACGAGAUGUUGUUAGCAGGGAGAUCCCAUUACAGAGGACGCAUGUUGUAAUAUGGUCGAAACAAAAGCGUAAGAAGCGGUAGGCCUUCCACAAAAAUAAGCCUUAAAACCCAAUCGCAGUAACUUUAAGUGGAUUUAUAGGCUACUCGCGUGGGAAAUGGAGAAGAAAAGGUGGGAUUGCACUGCUCUCCCCAAGGGCUGGAAAAUGGAAGAAGUGACCAGAAAGUCGGGUUUGUCAGCUGGAAAAAGCGAUGUCUAUUAUUUUAGUCCAUCAGGGAAGAAGUUUCGGAGCAAGCCUCAGCUGGCCCGUUACCUUGGAAACCAGAUGGACCUCAGCUCCUUCGAUUUCCGCACGGGGAAGAUGCUGAUGAGCAAGCUGAACAAGAACCGCCAGAGGCUGCGCUAUGAUAACAACAACCAGAACAAGGGUAAACCUGACUUGAACACGUCGCUCCCAGUAAGACAGACGGCCUCCAUCUUUAAGCAGCCUGUUACCAAGGUUACCAACCACCCAAACAACAAAGUGAAGACGGACCCUCAGAAAGCUGUGGACCAGCCCCGACAGCUGUUUUGGGAGAAGAAGCUCGGCGGUCUCAAUGCUUUUGACAUUGCAGAGGAGCUGGUGAAAACAAUGGAACUGCCUAAAGGCCUUCAAGGUGUGGGUCCAGGCUGCACAGAUAAGACCCUCCUGUCGGCCAUCGCCAGCGCUCUGCACACCAGCGCCGCUCCCAUCACCGGCCAGCUGUCUGCAGCCGUGGAGAAGAACCCUGGAGUCUGGCUCAACACCACACAGCCGCUCUGCAAGGCCUUCAUCGUCACUGAUGAGGACAUCAGGAAACAGGAGGAGCUGGUGUACAGUGUGAGGAAAAGGCUGGAGGAGGCCCUGAUGGCCGACAUGAUGGCGCAUGUCGAGGAGGCUUCCAAUGACGACGAGGCUCUGAAGGACGACGGCAGCGAAGAUAUGGAGAGUGUAUAGCACAGGGAUUUGUUCAACGCCCGCACACAUGAUCAUGAACAGUGGGAGUCUACAGCAGUCCUGCCCUGAUGAACUGUCCCCGAGUAUCUGCGUUCAACCCUGACCUAACCCGACUAACACCAGUCCUGAACGACCUAAAGAACUGUCUUCCCCCGAGCCAAAAAAACGCUGGGAGUCUCAAAUGCACCUAUUCAUCAUUACCUCCACUGGAUGGGACUCCUUGACUUCAACGACAAUUAAAUUACAUAUAUAUGAGCUGACAUUUUUAAAAAUUCCCUUGAACUUUCGAAUAUUAAAAAUAACUUAUCUACAGUGUGUCAAAUUCAGUGUUUGAUGAGAAGCGUAUUUUUUACUGAGAGGCUUUGAAUGGGUUUGUAUUAAUUUAGUGAUAAUCAGAUCCAAACAUUUUACGUCAGCUAAAUGUUAAUCUGGUUUCCUCUUUUUUCUUUUUCUUUUAGGGCAGAUGGAAAUGAAUGUUUUGUAUUUUUGGCAUGUCUCUCUUUCUUUUUAUUAAUUGAACAGUGCUCUCCAAGAGUUGUCUGACACAAAACACAAUGUUUUCUAGUCAAACCAGUUGAGCUGUAACAAUAAUAAGUUAAUUGAAUAGGUGCCAGCCUGCAGUUCUCCUGUUGAUACUAAUGCAGACGUUGUAGUUUGAAUCCUGUGUUGAUCCAUCGGAGGGCACAGUAAAGUUUUUAUUGUUGUAGUUUCAAGGAAAUCAUGUACUUUAUGACAGCUGUGUCAUCCUGUGAGUAAUGGUUAUUGACCAAAGAGGUCGUUUGGAAGAGGGUUGUUUGACAUUUAUGUAAAGUCUGCGUGGUAUUUUUACCGUAAGCGAUUAUAUUGGCUAUGCCGUUGUAAAAUUAAUAUAAGGAAAGUAAGACAUGAGUGGGAUGAGCACAACGGGAAAGAUAUAACUUAAAACCCGUUAUUAUGGGUGCUUACUGAUGUUGUAAAUCAUGGUUGUUUAGGUAUUGUUUCUGUCCGAGUCAAUCCAGGUUUUUCUUUAUUGUUUCAAUGUUACCAGCAUAGAAUAUAUUUCCACGUUUACCACACACAUGCUGCCUCCAUGUAAACCCAGCACACAAUUGGUGUCAAAGCAAAAUACAGUCAAAUCGAGGAUUUCAUGUCAUUCAUCAUCUGAAGAAAAAUUGUUUUGUAUUUUAUAUCCCUGUCAAUCAUGGUUUGAUGUUAAAUAAUAUAUCAAGCUAAAAUAUUGAAAAUCCCUUCUCAUUAUCAGCAGGCUGAUGCUGAAUGAAUUUGAUUGUAUUAAUUAUUAAAAUGAGUUGAAAAGUCA